CGUGCGUCAGACACAGAGGUCCUCCCCUUGUGUUUCUAUGUUACUGCCCCCCUCUCUCGCUCUCUAUCCCCCCUCCCUUCCUCUCUUCUCUUCUGGCAUCCCCCAUCCCCCAUCGCUUUAUGUGCUUCCAUACAGCCUGAAAAUCAACCGGAGGAGGAAACCUUCACACUCGCGGAGAAUAGACUGACCCUUAGCAACCCAGAAGAUCGCUUUAAACCGGGAUCACAGACUGGAUCAGGGUGACCCAUCUAAACCAUCUCGCACUGAUUUGCAUAUCCAUUCUUCCUACCUCCUUCAUUUGCCUUUCCUUCACUGAGAAUGGCAAGCGGGCAUUCCACUGACAAAUUCAGUUUUCUGUACCCAACAGACACCAGUCAGAACGUUAAGAGUAAGAACAGGCUGUCUUCCACCAUGAACCCGGUGUACAGUCCCGUGCAGCCGGGAACCCCAUACGGAAACCCCAAGAAUAUGGCAUACACCGGUUAUCCAGGAGGUUACCCUACGACUGCCCCGACCUACACAGCCAACCUUUACCAGACAGGUAGCCCGGGAUACCCACCAGUGCUGCUGGUGAAGCAGGCCUGGCCCCAGACGGCAUCUGCUCCGGGGCCCGCAGAAGGCUCCUAUGACCUGGCCAUGGACGCUGGCUCAGAGAGCAGGCAGUACCAGGCCUCAUCUACAGCAUUCAGAUAUACUGCAGGAACACCUUAUAAAGUGCCCCCUACUCAGACCAAUGGAGCUCCUCCGCCCUAUUCCCCAUCUCCUAACCCCUACCAGACGGCCAUGUACCCCAUUAGAAGUGCCUAUCCCCAGCAGAACCUCUAUGCUCAGGGUGCUUAUUACACGCAGCCAGUGUACGCCGCCCAGCCUCAUGUAAUCCACCACACCACCGUGGUCCAGCCCAACAGCAUCCCCUCCGCCAUCUACCCCGCUCCUGUACCUGCACCCCGCUCCAACGGCGUGGCCAUGGGCAUGGUGGCCGGAACAACGAUGGCCAUGUCUGCUGGAACCUGCUGUCUGUGGUCUACAAAUGCACCAGACCCUUCGCCAGCAUGA